AUGGCUCCGCGGACGACAGCACAGAGAAGACUUUUGAAAGAAUACCAGCAACUUGCGCUAGAUCCACCACCAGGAAUCGUGGCCGGCCCGAUCUCUGAGAACGAUCUUUUUGUGUGGGACUGCUUGUUGGAAGGCCCGGCGGAAACGCCCUACGAACACGGCGUGUUCAGUGCCAUUUUGAAGUUUCCUAAAGACUAUCCCUUGGCGCCGCCCGUGCUUAAAUUCGACCCGCCAUUGCUCCAUCCUAAUAUCUACGCGGAUGGCACCGUGUGCAUCAGCAUUUUGCAUCCUCCGGGAGAAGACCCCAACCAGUAUGAGCGGCCUGAAGAACGGUGGUCGCCGAUCCAGAGCAUCGAGAAAAUCUUGUUGAGUGUAGUUUCUAUGUUGGCAGAGCCCAAUCCAGAAAGCGGCGCCAAUAUCGAUGCAUGCAAGCUCUGGCGGGAUGACCGGGCCUCGUUUGAUGCGCAAGUGAGGGAGCAGGUGAAAAGGAAUUUGGGACUUUGA